AUGCGAGAUGGCAGUGAUGUGAUGCUGGAGGAUGAGGAGUAUAAUUUUGUGCUGCAGGUUGUGCGGGAUCGAAUACUCCAGCGGGAGCGCACCGGCCAGCCGCUCGUCCUCCGUGUGCGGCGGGAUGGGGACGACGGCGAUCAAAUGACGGUUGUGCUCGGCCGCGUGGAGGGCGAGUCCGGCGGUGUGGGCGGCGAGCGGAGUGCACUGCGAUUCGCCACCGAAGCGGAACCGCCGCUGGCGUCCCUGCCGUUCAUGGCGGAACUCGGGCCGUUGUUGCUGCAGGCACUCGCACUGCAGGUGAUAUUUGGUGAGCAGCGGCGGCGAAUGGCGGCCCCGUUGGAACGCGAGGCAGUGGGACGGCUACAAAAGAUGAAGUUGCGAGAGGAUAUCAUUGCACAACUGGAAAAGGAUGGACAAUGUGUAUGCUCCAUAUGUCAGGAAUCAUUUGUUGCCAAUGCUGAGGUAUGUAGACUCCCUUGUGGGCAUAUGUUUGACGUUCCAUGUUUGGAACGGUGGCUUGGAAGGACACGAACAUGUCCUAACUGUCGAUUUAUGUUGCAAGAUGUAGAGCAACAAUAUAAAGAUGUGGUUGCCCCAGUAUGGUGGCAUAGUGGAAAGGAUAAUGAGGAGGAAAAGGAGAAGAAUCAAUGUAACGCCAUACCAGAGAGGAGAGUCUCUCAAAGAAGAAAUUCUUCCUCUACUGCAGGUAGGGGUUACGGUGCCCCUAGUACUAUUGUAGAUGAGAAUAAUUUUCAACAACAACAACAACAACAACCGGAACUCCCAAUAGAGGAGUCUACAUCAUUUGGAUCACUUUUGCGAGGUUAUGACGGUAGAAGUAGAAGUGGGGAUAUGCUAUUAUUGGAAACUGAUGAUAGUUACACAAUCUUUCCAGAAGGUAACAUUCCAGGUUCUGAACCAAUUAGUUAUACACCAGUUCCACCGUCAAAUGUACCACAACGUCAAGGCGAGGCGUUCCGUGAUCGACAACUAUUUGAAGAAGCAGAAAUAACAAGAACACCAACAACGGUGACAAAUUCCUUUGAACCGGAUGUUUCAGAAGGCAGAAAUCUCUCUGAAGGGAACUCUCCACUUUUAUUCAUGGAAGAGGACCCAACACCCCAAACGAUUCCCCUUCAGGACUCAUCAUCAUCGUCAUCGUCGUCAACAUCAUCAAUAUCAUCAUCAUCAUCGCUAAUGACCCCUCCAAGGGUGGAUACAAAUGAUUCUAUUCUUGGGGCAAAUUUGCUAAAUUCAACUUUAUCCCCACCAUCAGUAGCGUCAUUGCGAAAUUCAAAUGAGGGUAGUGAAUACGCUCUCUCUGCUAACAUGUCCCAAGUUGCUCCGCGUCCACCGACGGAAACGCGAGCAACGGUGAGUGGUCGUUCUACGCAAACUUCUCUUCCUGCACAUCCGAGAGAAACGACGGUGUCUGGUAACGCGAGGCAUGCUGUAUAUGCACUGCGCCGACACCGUGUGGAAGAGGUUCACGGCGCCCUUUCACCAAACAGGGCUGGAGCUGAAGAGACGAUAACGGUGGGACGUCCACAGCGGUACAGAACAGGAGUUGCGAAUCGAAUUAUUGUACGUCCACCCGCAUUACCCGAACCUUCAUCACAACUAUCAGAAGAACGACACCGCCGUCGUAUUAGUAACAACAGUGGGUCUAACAAUGGAAUCACGAGAGAGGAGGGGCAGACUACAUCCGUGAACCGACAACAACUUCCUCCUCGUGGGAAUCGCCGCAAUUUGGCACAGUAUGAGGCAAUUAUUCGUAGAGGUAACCGUCGACGGUAUUGA